UCAUAUCGAUUGUGUUCAUCGCGCGUCUGCAACUUGCUGGUCGCAUCUCAGUAGUGCGACUAAUUAAAUUUAAUACAAAGUCAACAAGAUAAAUUAGUGUAACACAUUCCAGUGAGCAACACAUAUGGAGAGGAAGCCAGCACAAUAAAGUAAAUGAGCUAAAUUUAAAUUUAUUGGCACCACAAAAACCAAUAGAAACACACAGUCACGCAGCUUUGCAUGAGUGUGCGCGCGUGCGACUGUGUGCGUGUGCCUAUGUAUAUGUGUGUAUAUACAUGUGUACAUGACAUACAUAUGUGAAGUUUAUAACGAAGCGUAGUUUAGUGUGGAGGCGCAUUUUACGUGCAGGGCAUACAAAAAGUUCGUAGGCGUUGGAGCUUCGUCAGCACCGGGAGCACAUUAGCAGCAGCAACAGCGACUGCGGCAGCAGCAGCAUAAAAUCGAUUCCAAGUGCAUGCAUUUUGUGCAUGUGUUUGCGUGCGUGUGUGUAUGUGUGUGCGUGAGUGCGUGUUGCAAAGCAGAGCCUCACGCGCUUUUCUCCCUUGCUGUAGCUAAGCUAACAAAAAAAAAAUAUAUAUCUAUAUAUAUAAAAGAAAAAAUUCCAUCAAAAAUCUUGGCAAAAAUCUCGCGUACAAAUUGUGAACGUGACCAGUUGCUACAGCUAAAAGCUAGAGAGAGUGAAAAAUUACAAAUUGACAAGAUUUCUUACCUUGUGGCAUGUUUUGAGCCAACUUGAACCAGUGAUUGCCGUUUGCCGAACGGAACUGCGACUGCGACGUGGCAGCGCUAGAGGAGACAGCGCCAAGAUCAUAACGGAAAUCAAUUCGAAGUGGGCAAAAGUUCCGAGUAUUUUUGUGGCCUGCCGCUGAAGCGGACUGGCACGCGUCUAUAUCCAAAUGCAUAGACAACAACAACAACAUCACCAAACAGAACAACAUAUGUUGGAUACACGAUCAGAACAAGCGCUGCACUCCGAUUACAGUUAUCAGCUACGACCACGACCGUUUAUUGCCUACUACAUACGCUCGUAGACGACAGUCCAAUCCGACAUCCUACCCACCACCUAGACGGUGAGAAGAAGCAGCCAUCUAGUGCAACUCGCAAAAAUUUGGGAGGAGCAACAGUACAUAAAAGAAACUCUCAGCAGCAGCAGCAGAAGCAGCAGCAGAUCCAACAGUACUCAAAAUUCCUAUCAAGCAUGAUGAAACGUACGCGCAUCGAUGAAGUCCAAUUUGGCACACGUUCCGGUCCAGGGCCGGGCGGUGGCGGUGGUGCGAACAGUGGCACCACCAGCGUGGGCGUUAAUACAGCCGGCGGUGUUACCAUUGGCACUGUGGUGCCAAAUGCCCACAGCGCCACAAUCAGCGGCAUUGGCUCCAUACAUCAUCGCAUAUUGACGCCGCAGCAUGGAGGCGCACAGACCAUAGCCUAUCUGCCGUCCACGACGCCGACGGCAACGAAUCUGAAAACAACGAGCAGCAUUGUCGAUAGCGCCAGCACCCAAACGAACGUGACGGGCGUCGGUGGCCCGGGCAGUGGAGGCGUUGUCGUCUCCACGGGCAGUGCGGGCACCCAAACCUUGCAGUAUACCACAUCUUAUAGCGUUGCCUCCAUCCAAGCGGGCGGCACUAUGAAGGCCAGCACAGCGGACGGCAACGCGGUGCAGAUACAUGUGACUGGCGGCGGUGCUGCAGUAUCCGCAGCAGCUGGUGGAGCAGUUGGCGGUGGCUCUCAGACAGUAUCCAGCAGCUGUCAAACGGGCAGCAUUCGACAGCGCACAAUAAGCGGCACUCAGACAAAUGCCACGAGCAGCCUGACAACAACAGCGCAGCAAACACAACCAUCCGCACAGUUGUCCACACCGCCCAAUGGACCGGGUGUGGCAGCUGGCGCAGGAGCGGUCUCUGUGGGUGCGGGAAAUAGCACGCCGCCCCAGGGACAGGCAGCGGCAGCUGGUGGCGCCGCCAGUGCUGCGCCGCGACUCAAGGUCGAGGAUGCGCUAAGCUAUCUGGAUCAGGUCAAAUACCAAUAUGCCGAUCAGCCGCAGAUCUACAACAAUUUCCUGGACAUUAUGAAGGAGUUCAAAUCGCAUUGCAUCGAUACACCGGGUGUGAUUGAGCGUGUCUCGACGCUCUUCAAGGGCCACACUGAGCUGAUCUAUGGCUUCAAUAUGUUCUUGCCGCCCGGCUAUAAGAUUGAAAUCCAUUCCGAUGCACUUGGCUGCUCAGUUCCAGUUGUUUCGAUGCCAUCGCCACCUGGAGCACCCAGCAGCACGGGCACAGUUCAUAUGAUUGCCGCAGCGGGCAACAGCCCGUUGGCGAGCAGCGUGAAUGCGCACACAACACUGAAGCCGAUUGCGCAAGCCCAGGGUCCAGGUGGUCCUGGUGCCGUUGGUGGUGCUGGCGCUGGUGGUGGUGGUGCAGCUACAGCAGCCGCUGCAGCUGUAGCGCAGAUCCAGACGCCAGUCAAUUUGAUGACGCAUGGUGGCGCCUCACUCACCCAGACUACGAUACAUGCCCUGCAGCCGGCAGCAGCUGCAGCUCAGUCGCCCGGCGGUCAUGUCCAUGUGACCAGUAGCUCAGCGGUGCCACCGAGCGGUGUUGGUGUUAAUGUGGGCGUCGGUGUGUCGCCCUAUGUGCCACAAAACUAUUCACGGGAUCGAGCCGAGCAACGUGCAACGAUAACGCCAACGGGUCCUGGUCAGGUGCCGGCGGCCGUGUCAUCAACGGCUGGCUCCAGCAUUGCGGUCGGCCCGCCGACUCCCAAUUCAUUGAGUGAGCUAAGUCCACACGCCGGACCCGCUGCCCAGCACAAUUUGCAUCACAUCCAGCAGGCGCAUCAGUCCAUUUUGCUGGGCGAGACGACGGGCCAGCAGAAUCAGCCGGUGGAGUUCAAUCACGCCAUAACCUAUGUGAAUAAGAUUAAGAAUCGAUUCCAAAGCCAGCCGGCGAAGUAUAAGAAAUUCCUGGAAAUCCUGCACGCCUAUCAGAAGGAGCAGAAGGUGAUGAAGGAGGGCAGCAGCGGCAGUGGCUUGAAUCAGGGCAAAAUGCUAACCGAACAGGAGGUCUACACGCAAGUCGCCAAACUCUUUGGCCAAGAUGAAGAUCUGUUACGUGAAUUUGGCCAAUUUCUGCCGGAUGCCACAAAUCAUCAAUCGUCCGCUGCCGCUGCCGCCGCUGCACAAUAUAUGUCCAAGUCAGCGCUGCACAACGAUCAUCACAACAAGCAGCAGCAGCAGCGCACCACAACGACGGCCACAUUGAGCGGUGGUGCGCACAUCAGCAUGUCCUCGGCAUCGCCGUCGGCGGUGCCCAACAGUGGUUCGCCCAUGCAUUUGAGCAGCGGUGCGACGCUCUCGCAGAUCGACAGCAGCAGUGCGCACGCGCAUGCCGCAGCCAUUGGCAAUCUGUCGGCUGUGAAUACGAGCGUCAGCAUCAAGUCCUGUGCCGUGCCACAGAAUCAUAUAAUCAGCGGCAGCAUUUUCGAGAAGGACUAUCAUGGACUAGGACAACAGCAGCUGCAGCAGCAGCAACAGCAGCAACAACAGCAGCAGCAGCAGCGACAUCCGAGUCUGCAACCACCGCACAUACUCUCCAGCACGCCGCCGAGUAGCCUGAGGGGCAGCGCUGUGGGCGUGGGCGCCGUGCUGGACCAGCGCAACAAUCAUCAUGCCCAGAAGUAUGUGGCCCAGCACUCGAACAUGUCGCAGAAGAAGUCGCCCAGUUAUGGCGGGAUAGCCAACAUUCAGCAUCUGCCACAUCUCAAUGACAAUUCGCUCGAUCGCAACUCGCCGAACAUUGCCAGCUAUGUGACACCCGCUCAGCAGCUGCCCGCACAUCCGCAUCCCCAUCCGCACCACAAUGCGCACAACUCGAGCAGCAGCAGCAGCAGCCGGCGGCAGGCGGUGGAUGAGCUGGCGGCGGCCUCCGUUUCCAGUGGCUUUGGCACAACCGGAGGCAACGGACCACCGCCGGCGAAGCGGCCAAAGCCCUAUUGUCGGGACGUCAGUUUCUCGGAAGCAUCGCGUAAGUGUACCAUCGCGGAUGUGGCCUUCUUUGAUAAGGUGCGUAAGGCGCUACGCAGUCCGCAGGUCUACGACAAUUUCCUGCGCUGUCUGACGCUCUUUAAUCAGGAGAUUGUCUCGAAGACGGAACUGCUGGGCCUUGUCUCGCCGUUCCUCAUGAAAUUUCCGGAUCUGUUGCGUUGGUUUACAGACUUUCUCGGCCCGCCGUCGUCCGGCCAGGUGGGCGGUGCAGCUGGCGCUGGCGGACUCAUCGACGGCCUGCCCUUAGCGGCCACACAGCGUCAGGGCAGCAAUAGCAGCUCCCAUGAUCGGGCGAGCAGUCAUCAGAGCACGGACUAUGUCCAGGAUGUUGAUCUGUCGCUGUGCAAACGCCUGGGCGCCUCGUAUUGCGCCCUACCCCAAUCCACGGUGCCCAAGAAGUGCAGUGGACGCACCGCCCUCUGUCGCGAGGUGCUCAACGACAAGUGGGUCUCGUUUCCGACAUGGGCCAGCGAGGACUCGACAUUUGUCACCUCGCGGAAGACCCAGUUCGAGGAGACCAUCUACAGGAAUAUUCACAGAACGGAAGACGAGCGCUUCGAACUGGAUCUGGUGAUUGAGGUGAACAGCACCACGAUUCGUGUCCUGGAGAAUGUACAAAAGAAAAUGUCUCGCAUGUCGCCCGAGGAGUUGGCCAAAUUUCAUUUGGACGAUCAUCUCGGUGGCACCUCACAAACCAUCCACCAGCGGGCCAUACAUCGCAUUUAUGGCGACAAGUCCGGCGAGAUAAUCCAAGGCUUGAAAAAGAAUCCCUCGGUGGCUGUGCCCAUUGUCCUCAAGCGACUUAAGGUCAAGGAGGAGGAAUGGCGGGAUGCACAAAAGAACUUCAAUAAGCAAUGGCGCGAACAGAAUGAGAAAUAUUAUUUGAAAUCUCUGGAUCAUCAGGCAAUCAAUUUCAAGCCCAAUGAUAUGAAGGCAUUGCGCUCGAAGAGUCUCUUCAAUGAGAUUGAGACGCUGUACGAUGAGCGCCACGACGCGGAAGAUGAUUCCAUGGAAGCGGCGGGGCCGCAUCUGGUGCUGCCGUACAAGGACAAGACCAUACUGGACGAUGCGGCCAAUCUGCUGAUACAUCAUGUCAAGCGUCAGACGGGCAUCCAGAAGCAGGAGAAGCAGAAAAUCAAACAGAUCAUACGACAAUUUGUGCCUGACCUAUUCUUUGCGCCACGACAGCCGUUGAGCGACGAUGAACGCGAUGACGCAUUUCCAUUUUUGGUAGAUGACACUAAAAUGGAAGUCGACUCGCCUGUGAGUCGUGUUGCGCCCAAAGGUGGAGGAGCGGGCGGAGGUGGAGGCGGAGAGAGCGCCUCACCAGCUCGCAGUAAUGUGAGCAGCAGCAGCAGCAGCGUUCCCAGUGGAGCCAGUGGAUCAGCAGCAGCAGCAGGAGCAGCCGUAACAGCUGUGACGGCCAUUAAAAAGGAGUCUGAGUCAGAGUCAUCGAGCAAAACGUUAACAGCAACAACAACGGGCGAUGAUGCAACGCCGUCGACUUCAUCAGCUGCGGCGGCGGCAGCAGCAGUUGGCGACAUUAAGGAAAAGUCUGAAGUAGAUACGUCGCAAAGAGCUGUCGGAGGAAGAGACGAGGAGACGGCAGCCAAGGCAGCCAAUAAUAAUAGUAAUAGCAGUCCCAGGCGAAGCGAAGAGGGAGCAGCGGCGGCAGCGGGCGCCGAUGUGAGCGUGAAGCUGGAGCAGAGCGAUUGUGCGAAUCCCACGAUUCUGCCACCGCAUGCGCAGGGUCAGCGAGAGGAUGAGUCCUAUUCCCUAUUCUUUGCCAACAACAAUUGGUACCUGUUCCUGCGACUGCACGCCAUCCUCUGUGAUCGACUGCACGUCAUGUACGAGCGUGCGCGCCUGCUGGCCAUUGAGGAGGAGCGCAGCCGUGUGAAUCGAAGGGAGAGCACGGCGACAGCACUGAGAUUGAAACCCAAGCCGGAUGUGCAAGUGGAGGACUAUUAUCCCACGUUUCUGGAUAUGCUGAAGAAUGUGCUCGAUGGCAACAUGGACUCGAAUACCUUCGAAGAUACCAUGCGCGAAAUGUUUGGCAUCUAUGCCUACAUAUCCUUUACGCUCGAUAAGGUUGUUUCCAAUGCUGUGCGACAGCUGCAAUACUGCGUCACGGAGCGCGCCGCCUUGGACUGCGUGGAGCUCUAUGCCAGUGAACAGAGGCGCAACAGCACCGGAGGCUACUGUCGCGAUGCACACAAGAGCUACGAGCGAGAGAUGAGCUACCAGCGCAAGGCGGAGAGCAUACUCAACGAGGAGAACUGCUUCAAAGUGUUUAUUUACAAGAUCGAUUGUCGUGUGACCAUUGAGCUGCUCGACUCGGAACCGGAGGAGGUGGAAAAGCCGGCUGUAUUAAAGGCGCAAAAGUUUAGCAAAUAUGUGGAGCGUUUAGCAAAUCCCGUUUUAGGCGCCGGCAGCGGCAACAACAAUAACAACAGCAGCAGCAGCAACAACAACAACAAUAACAACAGCAAUCAAUCUGCAGGCAAUGACAAUCUGGUGGAAACGUCCGGCAUCAAAACGGAGGAAGCAGAUGAGAUCGCCGAGCUGGUGCGCGGUUCACGCAAAGCACGUUUUCUGCUGCGGAACAAGCGACGCUCGCAGCUGCAUGAGGAACAGGUGCGUCAACUCUUUGAACAGAAGCGCAGUUGCAGUGGACUCGAAUCGAAUGCUGUGCCCAGUGAAGCAACACCCAAUGCCAACAACAACAAUAACAACAAUUGGAGCAAGCAACGGGCACCUGAACGCUUGGGUACGCCACAGGUGGGCCUGGCAGAGCAAUAUGCAUUCAACGAUCGCGACGAGAUCAGCACAAAUACGAGCAACGGCCGCUGCUUUGUGACCAGCAAGAAUCUCAAUUUACUCAAAUACGAUGCAGUGCGUCGUGCCAAGAAGAGUCAUUGCCGCGUCACACAGGCCAAGUACUCGCGUUUCCAGAGCUACGUCAAUAGAUGGCUGCAGCAACAUGUUAGCGAACAACUGCAGCAGCAUUGCAACGACUGGCUGCUGGGCAAGACGCCCGAACAGAUCAAUGCCAGCGGCUGGGGUGCCACCAGCAAAACGAAGCCGCUGCAGCAAAAGGAUACAACAAAGACGCCCUAUCGCAUCUAUACGCGCUACAAGGUGUUGCAGCCCAGCAGCGGCGUGACAACAACUGUUGCUGCGGGACUAGCACCAGCGACAGCAAUAUCAACAGUUGCGGCGACAGCUCAAGUUGCCCCAACAGCAGCAACAGUUGCCGCUGCUGUCACAGUUACACCGGCUGUUAACAAUGCCAACGCCAGCAGCAGCAGUAGCAGCAGCAACAUUUUGACCGUAAGCUUAACAAAAACAUCGUCAGCAGCAGCUGCAGCAACAACAACAACAGCAACAUCGCAACAACAUUGCAACAGCGCCGCAGCAGCAGCAGCAGCCGCUGCCACAGCGGGCAAUGCAGAGGCAACACUGCAACAAGUUCGGCCAAUGGAGAGCUAACCUCCAGUUGCAGUUGCACCGGUCGCCAUCGCCAGCUGGCCAAAUGCAGCCUACAUGUGAAGUCGCUGCAGCUUUUAUACCGUAGGCUGGCUUCACUGUACGCCAGUGUUUGUUUAAACUAAACUGUGAUAGCAGUUGCAGACGAUGCUUGGCCGACACUAGAAAUCCAACUAGAACCGAAACUGAAUUGUAUGAAAAAUCCCAAAAAAAACAACAAAAAAACAAAAAAAAAAAGCAAAGAAAAUCGGCACACAAAGCUAUUUUUCACUUUGUACAAAAAGUCAUAUAAAGUCUAGGCGUAGUAUUGCUCCUAAUAAUAAUCAUAAUAACAAUAAUAAUUAUAUUUACUUUAAUAAGCAUUCUACAACAUCUUGAGUAGCGUUUAGUGUUAGUUUUACAAUAAUUGUAACGGCAGCGUUUGUAGUUGAUAAGCAAUCUAAACUCACACAAGCCCGCUCGUCCGUAUUAUUGCGGCCGUUCUCUGAGAGCAUGUUUAAAAUUAAACCUUAAUAUGCAAUUUUUAAUUGUUAAACGAUUGUGGGGAAAAGUGACGUUUGUUCGUGCUAAUUAAAUUGAUAUCAACGUCUGUUUAGCUUUUAAGCCAUUUUAUGAAAACAAACAGAACUUUUAAUUUUACACAAAAAUCUAAUGUAUUUUUAUACAAAACGAACCUUGUACAAUUCCUUGUGAAUACUAUUGAUUAUACACCUAAUUUUUAAGCAUAACAUAAGUUGUAAAAAUCUGAUGAGAUAAUUAAAAAACAAAACAAAACAAAAAUAUACAAGAAGUGAAAAAUUA